UUUUUGUUUGUUUCAGCCGACCGGAGAUUGAACGAGUACAUCGAGCACUACGAGCCGCUCGAGUACGACCCGUCGGAGGUGGGUAAAGCGCAUGCGCGCGCCAAACGUUCGCUCGACCGGCCGGUGCGCGUGGCGUUCCGCGCGCACGGCGCCGAGUUCCGGUUGAGGCUGAAGAGGGACCUCGAGGUGUUCGGGGAGGGGUUGGAGGUGGUGGGGCCGCAAGGCAGGGAGGAGGAGGUGGAUACGUCGCACAUCUACCGAGGGCAUUUAGAGGGCGAGCCGGACAGUGUUGUUUUCGGCUCGAUAAUAGACGGGGUGUUCGAAGGUAAAAUCGUGUCGCCCGAUAAAGGUGCCUACUAUGUGGAAAAGGCACACCACUAUUUCCCUUUGGCGAUGCAUCCGAAUCGGUCCUUCCACAGCGUCAUCUACCGGGAGGAUAGGGUCAUCGAUCCCUACGAGCACAUGAGGGAGGGACAUUCGGCCGGAUGCGGCAUAAACGAUGACGUCAUCCGAUGGAUGGACCGCAUCCAGUCCUCGGCAGUGGAGGACCCUCCCCCUUCCCCUCCUCCUCCAGCAAAUCCGCCUCCCAUCCCCUACAACAACAAGGCCAAGCACAAAAAGUACGAGGGGGAAUUCGAGGGUGGCCAGAAGAAGCCUAAAAAGCACGAGGGAGUGUUCGAGGGCGGCCACGUCAAAUAUUCGAGGGAGGCCAACGAGGGGAGGACAAGAGAGCGGAGGGGGGCCAGAUCGGGGGAGACGAAGAAUAGUACGUGUUCGCUGUCCAUACAGACGGAUCCGCUCAUUUGGAGGCAUAUCAGGGAGGGGUUUCCUGAACACCUCGAUCCCAACAAGGAGAAGGAAGUGAACGAAAAGACCAAGGAGGAGAUCCUGUCUCUCAUCUCGCAUCAUGUCACUGCCGUUAAUUAUAUUUACCGUGAUACCAAGUUCGAUGGAAGAAACGAACACCGUAAUAUUAAGUUUGAAGUGCAGAGAAUCAAGAUCGACGACGACUCGUCGUGCCGAUGCCAUCAUCGCGGUUGCGGCGAGCCGAACCAGUUCUGUCUCGAGAACAUCGACGUCAGCAACUUCCUCAACAUCCACUCGCUGGGCAACCACUCCGACUUCUGUCUCGCCUACGUCUUCACCUACAGGGACUUCACGGGCGGUACCCUGGGCCUGGCGUGGGUGGCCAGCGCCUCGGGCGCCUCUGGCGGCAUCUGCGAGCGACACAAGACGUACACGGAGACCAUCGGCGGGAUGUACCAGUCGACGCAGCGGUCGCUCAACACGGGCAUCAUCACGUUCGUGAACUAUAACAGUCGGGUGCCGCCCAAGGUGUCGCAACUCACGUUGGCUCACGAGAUAGGGCAUAAUUUUGGAUCGCCGCACGACUAUCCGCCUGAAUGUAGGCCGGGCGGGCCGAACGGCAAUUACAUCAUGUUCGCUUCCGCCACCAGCGGAGACCGGCCGAACAACAGCAGAUUCAGCGCGUGCAGCGUGGGCAAUAUCAGCACGGUGCUCGACGCGCUCGAGUCGUCGAAGAAGAGGAACUGCUUCACCGCCUCGGAGGGCGCUUUUUGCGGCAAUAAGAUCGUGGAGGCGGGCGAGGAGUGCGAUUGCGGCUACGACGAGGUCGAGUGCAGGGACAGGUGCUGCUAUCCGAGGGUGAUCAGCAAGGAGGAGAAGAGGAGGAACGAGAGCGCCAAGGGGUGCACCAGGCGGUACGGGACGGAUUGCAGUCCCAGCCAAGGCCCGUGCUGCAACAGCCAAUGCAAGUUCAUCCCGUAUAAACAAGAAGAAGAGUGCAAAAUGGAGUCGGACUGUUCCAGGUCCUCCAAGUGCAACGGUUUCAGUGCAGAGUGUCCUGCCCCCAUUCCGAAACCGGACAAAACGAGGUGCAACAACGGCACUCAGUUGUGCAUUGACGGAGACUGCUCGGGCUCGAUAUGCCUCGAAUGGAACCUGGCGGCGUGCUCCAUAACGACGCAGGACCAUCCAAACAUCGACAAGCGCAAGCUGUGCGAGCUGGCGUGCCAGAACGGCACGGACGUGUGUCGCAGCACGAGCGAGUUUGCGGAAACGGUCGGGUUGCCUGCCGGGGGGAUAAGUUUGCGGCCGGGGUCGCCUUGUGAUAACUUCCAGGGCUACUGCGACGUGUUUCUCAAAUGCCGCGCCGUCGACGCCGACGGCCCUCUCGUCCGUCUCGUCAACCUCCUCCUCGACAAAGAGGUCCUCACCAGCGUCGCCCAAUGGAUCACCGAGCACUGGUGGGCCGUGCUGCUCAUGGGCAUCGCCUUCGUCAUCUUCAUGGGGCUGUUCAUCAAGUGUUGCGCCGUUCACACGCCCUCCUCAAACCCGAAGAUGAGGAAGGCGCAACGGAUCGGCGACACGUUGAGGAGGCCGAUGAACACGCUCAGGAGGAUGAGGUAUCCCCACGGAGGGGGCCCACAUCACGCCGGUGGUUCCCACGCUGCUCCUGGUAGGAGUAGAAGGGACCCUUCGGGCAGACCUUCCGCUAGUCAGGGCGGCCCUAGACCCGGUUACGGAGAGGGUAGGGGACAUUAUCACGCCCCCAAAGCGACGGCGCCGCCCGCAGCCGCCCACCACCACCCCCGCAACGCGCACCCCGAAGCGUACGCAGGCGCCUACGAGAUGAGAAACAAAGUCUGACAGGCGGCCCCUGCGUCAGGAGGGGGAGGGGAGCCGCCCUCCGUGGAGGGGCGGCCGCGAGACUCUCCGCCCUCUGUGGAGGGACGGUCGCAAGAGUCUCCGCCGCCCGACUACCCGGGAUCGCCGCAAGGGGAGGAGGGGGCGGCGAGUGA